CUCAUUGAUCUUUGACUGACCUCCUCUCGAUCUCCUACUUCGCAAGUUGCCAUUUCGGGGCAUAAAAAACAUCGACCAGAGAUCGUUACAAGGAUGGCGUCCCAGGUCAUUACGCUCAAUGUCGAGCCAAGAGGCAAGCGGAUUCGCAAGCUCCCCAAAGAACUCCAGGUUCCUUCCAACACCUCUACACAGGAAAUCUAUGCCUCCCUUGCCCAGGCUACUGGAUAUUCGAUCCACCGUUUGAGAAUCACCAAAGGUGUCGACAAGACCGUUGUCCCGAAUUCAAAGGACAAGACUCUUGAGGAUGUUGGACUUGAGAACAACAGCUUGGUUCACGUCAAAGAUCUUGGCCCUCAGGCGGGAUGGAGAACCGUCUACAUCAUCGAGUAUUUCGGCCCACUUGUCAUUCCGGCAUUGAUCCUUUAUGUCCUACGGCCUUAUAUUUACUUCAACUUCGACAAGCCUAUUCCUGAACCUUCCAGUCUCCAAGUUCUCAUAUGCGCACUUCUCACAAUCCACUUCCUCAAGCGAGAGCUCGAAACGAUCUUCGUCCACCGUUUCAGCUCCGCAACCAUGCCUGCGCGUAACAUCUUCAAGAACUGCGCACACUACUGGUUCCUAGCCGGUCUCAACAUUGCAUACUGGGUCUUCCGUCCUGAUGCUGCUGCUGCGUCAGACGAGCCUAACACUAUCCUCCUGUACAGCGGUCUCGCACUCUUUGCAUUCGGUGAAAUUGCCAACUUGAACACUCACCUGGUGCUUCGUGGUCUCCGCAAGCCUGGAUCCACGGAAAGAGGUAUCCCCAGAGGAUUCGGGUUCGGUCUGGUCACCUGCCCUAACUAUAUGUUCGAGGUGAUUGCCUGGAUUGGUGUCUAUCUGCUGAGUGGUCUGAGCUGGAGUGUUCUGCUCUUCCUGAUCGUUGGUACCACCCAGAUGGCUAUCUGGGCCCGUGGCAAGGAGCGUCGAUACCGCAAGGAAUUUGGUGGCAAGUACAAGCCCAAGAAGUUCACGAUGCUCCCUCCUAUUGUUUAAAAUUACAAACAACUCGGGCGAUUCAUGAUGUCGGUGAUAGCCUAGGAGGUAAAUCAUUGCCAAAGCAGUUGACGCUCCGUCAUCAUCAAGACAUGGCACUCGAGGCGGCCAGUAACCACAGAAGCAAAGACCGAAUCACCAUCCCCAGCCACGAUUAAUAGAGCAUGACAUGCGGAUAUGGUGUUAGUGAUUGUAUCGAUACGGCCUAUAGAUGGUGAAAUGAGGAACGAAGGGGUCCCGCAAGCAUUCCGCCGCGAGACCAAAAAGAGACAAAACAGUAUUACUAUAAUUAGCUUAGUGUUAUACCUGUAUUAUAAUUCUACAGAAUAAGAUAUACAAAACUUGCAGUAUUUCUCUCUGUAUUAUUUUAUUUAGGUGAAAAACGU